CAUUAGUUUUGGGCCCUUGCCUUGGUCAAAAAAAAAGUUACAGUAUUUGUGGGUAAUCCUGUAUGUGAGGCUGGCCUUAUCAGUUCAUGCUCAUAUUCAUGCAGUGUCGAGAGAAGAUCUCCUCAGUCGAAAUUUGGUUCUCAUUGGGAUCUGGUGGUGACGAGCCAACACAAGGAUUUAAUUGUGCAAAACCACGAGUUAAAUUCAGUGAAUUAAUUGCCUUACGGUUUUUGCUCCACUGUACAAUUUAUAUUGUGUAGGGUCCAUCAGAUCCAGUUUGAUUCUUUCGUAUUCAACACUGUGUGAUCUGUGGUCAGAUAUUAGGAAUUGUUACUGGAUGUGCAUCAGCGAAAGAUGAAUAAUAAAAAAUUCUUCUAUAUCAACUACAAUAUCCUGCACUGUCUCUCAAAUUUCUCCACCUAAUUGUGCAUCAAUCAACUGGAAAAAGAACCAUUGGUGGUGUUGUGAAGAUUAUUUCUGGACAAAGGCUCUCAGCGUGGCGCGUAGAGUUUGUGAAGAGAUUAGAAUAGAGAGAGAAUAGACAAAAAAAAGAUCACAAGAGACUUUCCCAAUAUCAAUUUUGGAGCUGAAAUUUUUGUGUGGGGUGUAUGAACUCGGGAAAUUUUAGUCAAAACAUUCCCAAAAGACAGUGGUGCUGAAAGUACAUAAGAAAAAACGUGACAAAACGGAAUAAAGUAGCCACCAAAAGAUAAUUGGGACUUUUUUCGGUUCUUUUUUUUUUCUUCAAAAAAAAAGGCGCUAAGAGCAAAGAGGAGAAAAAUUAAUAAAAUUCACACAUAGGAGAAAAAGAAAGUGAUAUAUAAAUAAUUAAUCCACAUUGUAAAAUAAUUAAGAAAGAUAACUUCCUAAAAAUUGUGAUAAUUCCUAUUUAAUACAUUUAUUCUCGUAUUGGGAUUGAAAAAUCACAAGAUAUCUCUGUGGUGACGAGAAGUCGGAUUCAACUGACGACUAUUCUUAUCUUUCGCUUAACAGUUUUAAUUGGAUUUCGGUAAUAUUUUAGCGUAGUACGCAUAGCAUUACUGAAAGACACAGUUGCGAUCAAGGAUCAAACUUUGUGGUGUGGAGUGUGAAGGGGUAUAAAGUGUUGAAGGAGAACAAAAAGAAAAAAAAAAAUAAAUAAUUGGGUUAAAAUGAUACCAAAAUUCUCAAAGAGGCAAUGGUUAACGCUUAUUAUUAUUGGAUUGGCAGACUUUUGCAAUGCAAUCUGUGUGAGUUUGCAGUCGCCAUUUUUUCCAAAGGAGGCAGAAGCUAAGGGUUGUUCUGCAACGGAAUAUGGACUGGUAUUUGGCAUCUUUGAAUUAGUUGUAUUCUUCAUAUCACCCUUCUAUGGGCGCUACAUUAACAAGCUUGGACCGAAAUUGCUCUUCAAUGGAGGCAUUUUCUCAUCUGGAACCACAGCGAUACUUUUUGGUUUGCUGGAUCAAGUGCCUGGACACAUGCCAUUCAUCACAUUGGCAUUCAUCAUCAGGAUAAUUGAGGCACUUGGCAAUGCGGCCUUUCUUACGGCAUCCUUUGCCAUCAUCGCCAAAGAGUUUCCCGACAACGUUGCUACAACUUUUGCCUCUCUAGAGACAUUCUUCGGAUUGGGACUAAUCGUAGGGCCAACACUUGGUGGAGCUCUAUAUGCUGUGGAUGGAUACUACCUGCCAUUUGUGACACUGGGAUCGGCUCUCUUUAUCGUGGGAAUUCUUACAAUAAUUAUACUGCCCCAUCAUUCACAAGAUGCUGGAAUAGCCGCCGAUAAGGCGUCCAUCUUCCGAGUUCUACGUAUACCGGGUGUCCUAGUCUGCACCCUGGGAAUUUGUGCAACUAGCUCAUCGAUUGGCUUCCUAACAGCAGUCUUAGAACCCCAUGUUCGUCAAUUUGAUCUCAGUCCCGUUCUUCUUGGUCUUGUGUUUGUCAUCAAUGGUGGUAUUUACGCCCUCACAGCACCAAUUUGGGGCUGGGUUGUCGAUAAAUGUCUCAACCCCAAGAUUGCCUCAUUCAUCGGAUGCAUUCUCAUUGCUGCAGCAUUUUGCCUGAUAGGACCAGCUAGCUUCAUUCCGCUUGAAGAAACGCUCCGUGUCAUCAUUACUGGAUUAAUUUUGCAUGGUUUCGGCAUUGCUGCAAUCCUUGUUGCCAGUUUUACAGAUGCACUUAGAACAUCUAUUGCCCGAGGACUUCCAGAUAAUAUUCAGACCUAUGGUCUCAUAUCUGGACUCUGGACAUCUACUUUUGCACUAGGCGCCUUCAUUGGACCCUCUGUCAGCGGAUUCCUGUAUGAUCAUGUGGGAUUCAGAAAUGCAGUAAUAUUUGUUAUAGGAGUUCACUCGCUGGUCGGCUUGAUCUUAUUGAGCUUUAUUUGCUCAAAGAGUUCAAAUAACAACUACAAGGAGCUGGGUGCUGCUGAACCUUUACUUAAAGACAGCACUAAUGGCACCAACUAUACAAACAGCCAGACGGACGAAAACACAGACAGCACCCCUAUAAAAAGCCAUAGAAAUGGUCAUGUGCUGAUUGGCGGCAGUAUUGGUAAUGAGCAACAAGUUCCCUGCACCAUGAAUAAUCUACUGAGAUGUAAUAGUUACAACAGCAACAGCAAACAGAGCCAAUGGUCAAGAUCGGAUCAUGAACCCGUGGCCACAUUUGAAUCUCGGAGUUAUGGAACAGUUGAAAUCCAUCCUGUGCGACUUCAGUGUCACGCCUAGAGUUAGAGGAAUGCUAAAUGAAUAGCGAUAUUAUUGUAAUUUUCUUUUGUGAAAUCUGUGUGUAAAGCGCGCGAAAAAUACUACAAGAGUUCAUUAACAAAUAAGUGUUCUCUUUUGAUAUUACACUAAUAUUAAUUGCACUAUUCUUAUAUGUAUAUUGUAACAUUCAUAUUGAUAAUUUAUAUAAAGAAGUUCGCAUUCUGUAUUUCUGUGAAA